GGUGACGCAUGCGCACACAACUGCUUGCUGUACUCUGUCUCUCGCCGCCCCGCUGGACUCUGUUGUGGGCGGCCGUGUGGGGACUUUGUCAAAUUUCGGUGUAGUUGUUAGUGAUGUCCGAGACUGAAGACUUUAACCUGUCGGGAGGCGGGACGGAGGCAAUAUCGAACGGGAUGACCAAUGGCAUUUCUAAUGGCACAUCUGAACAUCGCGAACACAAAGAACACAAACAUAAGCACAAAGACAAGGACCGGGAGAAGGAUCGUCACCGUGACAAGGACCGCCACAAAAGUUCUCACAAGGACAAGGACCGCCACUCGUCUAGUCAUAAGAGCUCACACAAGGACAAGGACCGUGACAAGGAGCGCAGCAAGGACAAGGAGCAGAGCGAUAAAGAGAGACACAAGGACAAAGACAGAGAGAGAAGCGACAAGGACAAACACAGGGACAAGGAGAGGAGUGACAAAGACAAACACAGAGACAAGGACAAGGAGAGAAGUGACAAGGACAAGCACCGUGACAAGGACAGGGACAAACACAGGGAUAAGGACAAAGAACGCAGUGACCGGGAAAAGUCAAGGGACAAGGACCGCCACCGCGACGAAAAGAAGCACAGCAGCAGCAAUGGGGAGAAGAAGGAACGCGACAAGGACCGCCACUCGUCAUCCAGUCACAGGAGCCCGCACAAGGACAGAGAUCGCGAGAAACACAAGGACAAGGAGAAGAGUCGUGACAGAGAGAAGGAAAAGGUUAAGAUGGAGGUAAAGGUGGAAGCACUGGAGCCUGAGCCUAUCAAAGAAGAAGAUAUGUGUAUAAAAGAAGAACAGUUAGAGAGUGAGGAGGAGGACAAGCUGGUGAUCAAUGAACCGGUGAAGGAAGAGCCGAUGGAGGAGGAGGAGGAUGAAGGCCUUCCGGUGAGUAAAGAAGAGCCUGAGGAACAGCUGGAUGAUGAUGAGGAUGAUAUACCAUUGUCACAUCGGACACAUAUAAAAGAGGAAGAUGAUGAGGAGGAUGACAAACCUUUGGCCAUUCGCAAGAAGGUGAAAACAGAACCCAAAGAGAAGAAGAGGAAAAAAAUCAAAGAAGAAGAUGAGGAUGAUGAUUUUAAGCCGGAGAAGAAGAAAGUUAAGAAGGAGAAGAAAGAGAAGAAAUCAAGGGGAUCAAAGUUAAUGUCUUCUCCGGGGUCCCAAUCAGAGUCUCCCACCAAGAAGCCCAAGAAGGAGGAGGAGCCAGUGUGGAAAUGGUGGGAGGAAACCAAACGUGAUGACGGACUUAAGUGGACUUUCUUGGAACACAAGGGACCACUAAUGGCCGAGGCGUACGUGCCGCUUCCGAGUAAUGUCAAGUUCUACUACAACGGGGAGCACAUGCAUCUUAGUGAGGAAGCCGAGGAGGUGGCUGGGUUCUACGCCCGUAUGUUGGAGCAUGAUUACACCACCAAAGAGGUCUUUAACAGUAACUUCAUGAAGGACUGGAGAAAGGUUAUGACAUCUAAGGAGAGGGAAGUCAUUACAGACAUUAGUAAGUGUGACUUUCGCCGUAUUCACGCUUAUUAUGUGCAACAGAACGAGGAUAGAAAAAAUCGCUCCAAAGAAGAGAGGAAAGCUCUUAAAGAAAAGAACGAAGCUCUCAUCGCUGAGUACGGUUGGUGCAACAUUGACAGUCACAAACAGCGCAUCGGCAACUUUAAGAUAGAACCUCCGGGGUUAUUCCGUGGCCGUGGGGAGCAUCCCAAACAAGGCAUGUUGAAGAAGCGCAUCAUGCCAGAGGAUGUCAUCAUCAACUGUUCCAAGGACUCUGUGAUACCCAAGCCACCUGCAGGACAUAAAUGGAAAGAAGUACGAGCAGAUCCAUCAGUAACGUGGUUAGCCUGUUGGGUGGAAAACGUUCAAGGUCAGACCAAGUAUGUAAUGCUAAAUGCUGCCUCUAAACUCAAGGGUGAAAAAGAUUGGCAGAAAUAUGAGAUGGCUCGAAAAUUGCACCGGCGUGUGGACAAUAUUCGGGAACAAUAUAGGUUCGACUGGAAGAGUAAAGAAAUGCGGAUAAGACAACGUGCUGUUGCUCUAUAUUUCAUUGAUAAGCUAGCACUUCGAGCGGGUAACGAGAAAGAUGAGGACCAGGCAGACACAGUCGGUUGCUGCUCUCUGCGUGUAGAACACAUAUCGCUACAUGAAGAGAAGGAUGGCAAGGAGUACGUGGUAGUGUUUGACUUCCUGGGUAAAGAUUCUAUUCGGUAUUACAAUGAGGAGUCGGUGGAGAGGAGGGUAUUCAAGAACCUACAACUCUUUAAGGAAAACAAGGAGGAUGGAAAUGAUCUCUUCGACCGUCUCAAUACGCAAAUCCUGAAUAAACACUUGAAUGAGUUGAUGGACGGUUUAACUGCUAAGGUUUUCCGUACGUACAACGCUUCUCGCACUCUGCAAGAACAGCUUGAUCUCCUUACAAAUGAAGAAGACCCACUGCCUGCUAAAGUUCUAUCAUACAACAGAGCAAAUCGAGCUGUGGCGUUGCUAUGUAACCAUCAACGUGCAGCCCCCAAGACCUUUGAUAAGUCAAUGGCAAAUUUACAGAAGAAGAUUGAUGAUAAGAAAGAGCAAAUAGAAGAAACAGAGAGGGAUUGCAAGCAGUUGAAAAAGGCAGCAAAAUCAGGCGGCUCCCAGAAAGAAAAGAUGGGAUACGAGAAGAAGAAGAAGGCCCUGGAACGCUUGAAGGAGCAGUUAGAGAAGCUGGUACUCUCUGCAACAGACAAAGAGGAAAACAAGACUAUUGCUCUAGGUACUUCUAAGCUCAACUAUCUGGAUCCUCGUAUCUCGGUGGCGUGGUGCAAGAAGUAUGGAGUUCCCGUCGAGAAGGUUUACAACAAAACUCAGCGUCAGAAGUUCCAGUGGGCUAUUGACAUGGCCACUGCUGAAUAUAACUUCAUGGGAGAGCCAAUGAACAUGUCUAGGAAUGAGUAUGGUGAUGGUGAAGAAGAGGAAGAUGAGUAGACAGUCAGUCAUAUUCAGGUGUUGACUAAUGAAUGACCAAAGAUGAUAUUUUGGUAACUUGCACAGUGAAGAUGUAUUGUUGGAGUGGUCUUGUACAUCCUCAUUCGUACCCUUAAUAUAGGCCCAAUAUGGUCUGAGUAUUUUUAGUCUCACUAGGUUAUAGUGAAGGGAAUGUGCAACUUUGGGACAGAACACAAAGGAAUAAUAGAGUUGUAUUUUAUUGAGGUUAAAUUGUGUACCUUUAAUAUUUAUUACACAAAUCCAUAAUUUUAAGUAUUUGUAUGUAGUUUUGCUAUGCUAAGCUAUUUUGCGUGUAUGAAUUAAUUUUUCUAUUCACUAGUGUAAGUCGGGAAUUGUUCACAGGAGUAAAGAGGUUUUUACUGGACAUGAGACUUGAGGCGCUGUGGGUCGAUAAGUUCAAUUCUGUAACUUGUGUUAAAUAGUUAUUUAUCUAUAGUAUAUUCUUAGAUAUUUAAUAUAAUUUUAUAUGAACUGUUAUAUAUAUAGGAAUGUAGUAAAUGAAUUUGCACUUCAGAUACUGAACUAUACAAUACAUGUCAGAUUGAUUGUGGACAAAAUUUCUAAGCAAAGAAGGGAGGGAGGGAGGGAAGUGUUGCUCCUGUGCAGUCUGUACUAGUUACAUCUUCAUGAUCACAUGCCACUCUUUUAUUAAGUUUCAAGGAAUAGAAUCAAAACGGUCCUCAAAGGCUGUCUAAGUAUUAUCCAGAUAAUUUAGACUGUUUAGGUCUACAGAUUUUAUUUAUUCUGUGAUCUGACUUUUUAAAAGUUUUAAUUAUGCUGCUCCUGUGUUCUGACUAGUGGUGACUGAUAAUCAUCACUGUAUUGGAUGAAUAAGUCUAUUUGAUCUCUCAAAGUUGGUCAAAAAACAUAAGGAAAUCUUAGCCAAGGAUUUUAUUAAUCUGCCAAGGUGAAGUUACUCAACAUUUUAUAACUUGGAUGCAAUUUUAAUUUAAAAUUGUUGCAUCUUAACUUAUCUGCCACUGUAGAGGAGUAAAGCUCUGGAUUAUUUACCCACAUCACAUGGGGUUGAGCCUUGGAACAGGCAUUGGCUGGUGAAGUGUUGUUCAAGAGAGCCGCUCAUAUUCUGGUCAGGCUCCCAGACUAGCUGACCCUUUUUGCCUGGGAGGUGGCAACCUACAUUUUUACUCAUCAUUUUUUUUUUAGAAUUGAUUUUGGGUUUAGUUAGAGGAAGGUUGUGUUGGGCAGCUGGUGGCUCUGGCCAUGUGGCUGCCACCCGCAUCCCCUGGUGGCUGUCAACUAGAUUAGUUUCUAGAUUUUUAAGUUAUGAUCGGUGUAAGUUUAUGUAGAAUUUAUGGAAUUUAAUUGUGUUAGCUGAUGCACCAGCGGGAUAUGUAUAACAUCUGAGGUCAUGAUGUAGGCAAAUUUUUAAGUGAGAGAAAAUGUGCAUUGUAAGUCAGCAUGUGUAAGCCUUUGGAAGGAACUCAUGGGACCAUUCAAGCAGAUAUAUUAAUAUAAUUCUGGACUAAGCUGUUUGGACUUAACUGAAAUUGAUAAAACAAAAUGCAUCAUGGUCUGUGUUUUGCCAACAUAGAAACUCACAUUAGAUCUUCCCAGUUCAGCUGGCCAUUCCAUACCAUUAUGUGAUAUGCACCGUGUACAUAAUAAUUAUCAUCAAUAAACCUUCAUCAUGG